AUGUUCGCGGCGCGAACCAGAGUGGCGCAGCCGCCCUCGCCGCGGGCAGCGGCGGCGGCGGCGGCGGCGGCGGCUCCGCCUGCUGGCGCGGCGCGGGGGCUUACUCCGCAGCAAAUCGCGAAGAUUGAGGAUAUUUUCAGCGUGUUCGAUAAAGACAAGUCGGGAUCUAUUGACAAAAUGGAGAUGAAAUUCGCCAUGGGUCAGCUGGGCAUCAACGUCAGUCAGGAGGAGUUCGAGGAGAUCUUUGCAACCAUGGAUCGCAACGGCGAUGGGUCGAUAGAUUUUGAGGAGUACGUUGCGGUGAUGAGCGGUUACAUGGGCGAGCAGAACAUGCAGCAGGACCUCAUCGCCAUGUACCAGCUCUUCUCUGAUAAGCGAACUGGCAAGAUAUCGCAGCGCACGCUCAAGAGGGGCGUGUUGGCCCUCGGGAUUGUCUUCUCCGACGACGAGAUCAGGGGCAUGUUCUACAGUGCUGACGUGGAUGGCAACGGCGAAAUUGACAUAGAUGAGUUUUCCCGCAUUGCUGAGGUGGCAGGGAUUUGCUGA